UUAUUAUGGACCGAGCUCACGGAGGCCGUCACUAGAGGGAAGCGCUGUCGGACCGAUCGGAUCAUUAAACCUGACAUUUAUCACAGGGAGACAUCAAGUGAAGGAUCAAAACUCCUUCCAGCAUGAACAAUUCCAGCUCUUCCUCCUUAACGUCCUUUCACAAUAAAACCCAAAACCACGAAAGCGACAGCGUCGUGAGCAAUGACUUCUCCACGAUCUUGGGCGCCGUCAUCCUCGGCAUCGUCUUCCUCCUGGGCGUUCCCGGCAACCUCUUCAUCGUCUGGAGCAUCCUGGCUCGCACCCGACGACGCUCGGUCACCACCCUCCUCAUCCUCAACCUGGCGUGGGCCGACGGCUGCCUCAUGGCCCUCACCAUCUUCUUCAUCAUCUACCUGGCCAAGCAGACGUGGGUGUUCGGCGACGUCAUGUGCAAAGGCGUGUUCUACCUGUGCAACACCAACAUGUACGCCUCCAUCUUUCUGAUCACGCUGAUGAGCGUGCACAGGUUGGUGGCCGUGGUGUUUCACAGGAAGAUGUCCUCCCUGAUCACCAUGACGAUCGUGAGGAGGGUGGUCGUAGGAAUGUGGGUGUUGGUGAUGGUCAUCGCGAUCCCCUCGCUGGUGUUUCGGGACGUCAGAGAGGACAAAGGCGAGAUGAAUUCAAUAAGGCUGGUGUGCGCGCCCAAUCACACGCGGCCUCGACAUGUGAGGUUUCAGUAUGCCCUUGAGACGGUCUCUGGAUUCAUCCUCCCGUAUGCCGUCAUCAUAAUCAGCUACGUCCUCAUCCUGAGGCGCCUGAGGCAGACCAAGUUCCGCCGAACGGUCCGCAGCGAGAAACUCAUCCUGGCCAUCGUGGUGACGUUUGGCAUUUUCUGGCUGCCGUACCACGUCAUCAACAUGAUGGAGGUGGCGGCUCAGUGGUACAGUCUGGAAUCACCUAUGAGAGACACAUUGAUCAAUAUAACCAAGUCCAGUCGGGCAGUGACUUCGGCUUUCGCCUUCAUCAGCAGCUGCGCCAACCCCGUCCUCUACACGUUCGCUGGUAAAUCCUACAUCAAGCAGAACGGCUUCGCCUUCAUGGCUCGGCUCUUUGAAGGGACGUCAAUGGACCAACCGGGGAACAAAAAGAGUAACAACCCUGUGGGAACCAGUACGGUGGACUCUGCGAACGGCUCAGGACCAAGAAGUAUUAUGUUACAAAGUGGGACAUGAUGCAAUGAACUUUGCGCAUAAAUGAAAAUGAAAGCAAAAUCCAAAAUACAGGUGGAGCGUGUAGAUUUGGGUAGGUUGAAAGAAACAUAGGUUUGACUGGUUGACAGCUGUGCAAGGAAAAUACUUUGUAUGGUUUGUACCUUCCCAUUGUAAAUCAGAACUGUAAAUACUGAAAUUUUUUUUAAACAUUUUGUCAGUUGCAGAAAAUAACUCAAGUAAAACAAAACAGUACUUCAUGUACUUUGGAGCAAUUUGAUUGUACGAAAACACAAAUUUACAUUUUUUUAACAGCUAAGACUUUAUAUAGAAACACUAAAACAUGCAUUAACAUUAAGUAUCUGCUUACAACCACAUCUUAUAAACCUGCUUUACUGCUUAUGAUUGAUAUGAUUAACAGAAUCUGUAAACUGAUCCGCUCAUGGAAUACUUUGAAAGGUAGAGAAUGUGUUCCUCUGACGUGUCCGAUCUGAACCAGCAUCAGAAAACGUAAUUAUUUUUUUUUAAAUGUCUUUUAUAAAAUGUAUACACAAACUGAAGCCAGUGCUCCUCUGGAUUGGGCAUCGGCUAUGCAACACGUCUCAAAUCCAUCCGAUCGGUCAACUCUGCAAGCUCUCAAUGUUUCACCUUCAUAACAUAUCACGAUGCAAUGAAUCAUCAUUUAAAAUUGCUUUACACUACAUGGAUUACACAGCUACAGUGUAAAGAUGCCUUUCCUUUAAAAACAUUACUUUCAUUGUCCUAUUUUAAAUAAAAACGCUGAAUUUAAAUAUGUAGCCUGAUACAUUAAAAUGUUACGUUACAUAAAGAGCUUAUUUUAUUACAUUACAUUUUCAUUUAGCUGACACUUUUAUCCAAAGCGACUUAUGUAAGUAGACACAGCU